GUCCCUUGCAAGUCACCGAGGUUACUCACACGCGUAAAGUUACCCACACGCAGAUGGGUUCUGUACCAUGAGCGCACAGAUGAGGAUAGGAUGUGAGAAAGGAAGUAUUAUUGUCCUCCUCUCACAGAUGAGGAACUGAGGCACGGCCAAGACGAGGGCCCGAUCCUGCACGGCCGCUAGCUGCGCUCAGCCGCCGAGCAUGUGAGCCGCUUCCCCCGGGCUCGCCGUGCCCCCCGAGCGCCCUGCAGGGUCUGCGUCGCGGCGCCCGGCUUUUGCACCGCUUUUCGCCGGGGGGCUCCGCCGCGGGGUCCCCCCCGCCCCCCACCCCCAGCCCCGUGCAGCGGCUGCCCCGCUCUGCCGGCGCUGCUGGAGAAGAUGCGCGCAGGCACCCAGUGUGCGAGCCCUGCCCGCCGCGGCACUGGCUUCCGAGGAAACUUUUAAUUUUGCGCCUCAAGAGACGGACUGCUUCUUGGAUUACUUUCCUGCCGUGGUCCAGAAGAUAACUGGAGGAAAAUGGAAACAGAUGAGGCUCAAGAUAUGUCCCAAGUUUCAGGAAAGGAAAGUCCUCCAAUUAGCGAUGUCCCAGAUGAUGCAGAUGAACCUAUGCCUGUACCAGAGGACCUUUCAACUAGUACUGGAGGACAACAGAGUGCUAAGAAUGAGAGAGUCUUGGCUGCAUAUGGGGCAGAAGGCUUUAGGGACUUUCAUGCAAUAAUUCCCAAAUCUUUUUCCCCCGGUAAUAUUAAAAUAGAGACUCAGAGUGAUGAAGAGAAUGGGCGUGCCUGUGAAAUGAAUGGGGAAGAAUGUGCGGAGGAUUUACGAAUGCUUGAUACCUCGGGAGAGAAAAUGAAUGGCUCACACAAUGGCCCAGGCAGCAAGGCUAUGUCAGGAGUUGGAGGCAUUCGACUUCCUAACGGAAAGCUAAAAUGUGAUAUCUGUGGGAUAAUUUGCAUCGGUCCCAAUGUGCUCAUGGUUCACAAACGAAGCCACACUGGAGAACGCCCUUUCCAGUGCAAUCAGUGUGGGGCCUCUUUUACCCAGAAAGGCAACCUUCUGCGCCACAUAAAGUUGCACUCGGGCGAAAAGCCCUUCAAAUGUCACUUGUGUAACUAUGCCUGCCGACGCAGGGAUGCCCUCACGGGCCACCUGAGGACUCACUCAGUUGGCAAACCCCAUAAGUGUGGAUACUGUGGUCGCAGCUAUAAGCAGCGCAGCUCUUUGGAAGAACAUAAAGAACGCUGUCAUAACUACCUUCAAACCAUGAGUAUCUCAAGCAACCUUUAUUCAGUCAUAAAAGAGGAAACUAACCAGAGUGAAAUGGCUGAAGACCUGUGCAAGAUAGGGUCAGAAAGAUCCCUCGUGCUGGAUAGACUAGCAAGUAACGUCGCCAAACGUAAGAGCUCUAUGCCUCAGAAAUUUGUUGGUGAGAAAUGUCUGUCUGAUCUUCCGUAUGAUGCCACCACCAACUAUGAGAAGGAGAAUGAGAUAAUGCAGACGCACGUCAUAGACCAGGCCAUUAACAAUGCCAUCAGCUACCUGGGGGCAGAGUCCUUGCGCCCCCUCGUCCAGACACCGCCAGGUGGCUCUGAAGUGGUGCCCGUCAUCAACCCCAUGUAUCAGCUCCACAAACCUCUCGGGGACAAUCAGGCUCGCUCCAACCACACAGCUCAGGACAGCGCAGUGGAAAACUUGUUGCUGCUUUCCAAAGCCAAAUCUGUCUCCUCUGAACGGGAUGCCUCUCCCAGCAACAGCUGCCAAGACUCAACAGAUACCGAGAGCAAUAACGAGGAACGCAGCGGUUUAAUUUACCUGACAAAUCACAUAGGUCCCCAUGCAAGAAAUGGCAUAUCCAUAAAAGAAGAAAGCAGGCAAUAUGAUGUCUUGAGGGCAGGUACUGACAAUUCCCCGGAUGCUUUCAAAGUGAUCAGCAGCAAUGGGGAGCAAGUGAAAGUUUACAAGUGUGAACACUGUCGAGUCCUUUUCUUGGAUCAUGUGAUGUACACAAUCCAUAUGGGCUGCCACGGGUUUCGCGAUCCUUUUGAGUGCAACAUGUGUGGCUACCACAGCCAGGACAGGUAUGAAUUCUCUUCCCACAUAACUCGAGGGGAGCACCGCUUCCACAUGAGUUAAAACACCUCCGGCACAGAUCCAGCCUCAACAGCUGUGUUACUGGAGCUGCACAAGCAACAAAGCACAAGUCUACUGGACAGCAAAAGGAACAAGAAAAUCCAAAAUCCAGAGAUCUUCUCCCACAAGAAAAGAUUUUUCUUUUGGUAGCAUGCAUUGCAACUCAGUUUUCUAAAGUGAAUAUUAAAGUUUUUACUGAAAGUAUUUGAUCACCAAAAACCUUUAGUAAUGUAAGUAGGAGCUUUUGUAGUCAGAUAGCUGAAAGCCCUUCCCUUAAGUGAUGCUUCUUGCAAACCUCCCUUGCCAAAACUGUUAACCACGCGCAGAAUGCACAACACGGAUGCGAACGUGACAGACAGGAAUGGCCUAGCUUGCUCUCUUGACACUCUGAGCAUAGGGCUCUUCUGUCAGAUGCAUAUUUUUUGACUUUCUGGUAUUAUUUGAUUCAUUUGGGAAGAUUUUAAACUCAACUAAAGAUUGUAGGGGCCCAUCGCAGAUGACUUCGCAGACAGCUGGGGUGGGACUGGAACCCAGCCAGAGGGUCCAGGGUUACUUUGGCAGUAAGACGUAGAGUAUUUCCACCUGCAAGGGUGCAUCUGUGAUUGACAUCAUGGCAUGCCUUGUUUGUGUCUCUAGGCAGGUGAGCAGGUGUGUGACAGAUAUAAAGAAUACCCCUGUAAUAUACUCUGUGAAGUACAGAUUGCAUUUAAUGUAUAGAAAAGAGUAUUGAUGGCUCUUCUUUAAAUAAAUGUUUUCUCUCCCUAUCCAAUAAAACCCCACUUUUCGUUAAGAAACCCCUCCUCUUGCUGCAUAAACAAGAUACAGUGUAUUUAAUUUUUCUUUCUCUUUUAAGUUUUAGUUAUUUAGAAAAGUAUGAUGUACAGUUGAGAAAAGCACUAGCUAGAAAUAUGUGUGGCAAAAGUCUCCUUAUGCACAUUUCUCAUCUUUUUACAUUGCCUGGAAAAUACCCAAAUAUCCCUAUAUUUUAUCUGUGAGAAAUUCCCACUCGGCUUCCACUGAAGAUGACCUCUUGUAGAUUUUGUGGCUCUAUUGUGUUGCACCUAAUUACUUGUAAAACACCGAGCUGAAUUAAACCACCCAGUCAAAAUCUGUAGCCUUCUCCCUCUUUCCUUACACUUGCUAUUUAACGAGGGACCAAUCCCUCAAAGGUGGGUCCCUUUGCAAAGGUGCUGAGCACCCUGGCUUCCUAUUCAACAAAACACUUACCGUGUACUUUAAGUUAAUUUUACUUCAGCAGAGCUAAUUUUAAGGUUAAAAAAAAAAUGGUGUUUUGCUGAAUAGAGACCAGAGAAUGCAGCACAUUGCAGAGUGCAGUAAAAUCUGCCAAGAGCUUUCUCCAUGGCAGCUUCUGCUGCAGAUAUUGUAACUUCAGUUAGAAUAAAAACUGCUAUGAUACAUACUUUUUAUCCCCAAACACAGCUGAUAUAAAAAAGUACUUUUAAAAACUCCUUCUUAACUUCCUCUUCCAAAUAGUUCACUCCUCUUCCUGAAUACCCCCAUAGUGUAAGAUGGGUCUAAAAAGAAAUCUUUGCAGCUGCACAAAACACUCUCAUUGGUGCUGCAGCAUUUCCUGGGCAGCAUUCAUAAAAACAACCCAUCCAAUUACCUUAAUGCAUAAAUACUUUCACUCGGAAUAACAAAUGGAUAUUCUCCAAUAAACAAGAUCAUGUAACCAACAAGGCGAGCGGUCUUGUAACAGAGUUACAUGUGCUCCAUCCCCUGGUGCCUGCACAGACAGAUAUGUGUUAUAAAAGAGACUUGAGGGAACCACAAACACUUGUACCUAGGGCAAUUCAGCCUGGUAGGCGUAAUUAUAUUUAAUGCACAGUUCUAGUACAGACAGCCAGUUCCUUCUUCUGCUUUCACUUUUGCAGGUGUAAGCCAGGAGCAACAACACAGAAGUCAGAGGAAAGAUACUGAUGAAAUAGUGAAUUAUAAAACUGUGCAGAACAGGAUCUUUUAUGCUCUUACCUGUCUUAGCUUUUCAUGCCACUGGCAGGACACUUACCUGAAAGAAGGUGUGUGCACAGCAGUGCUUCUACCCUGUAAGCGCAUGCAGGCAUGCACAGUGAGUGGCUUUGUCACCAGGUGCCUUGCAUGCUUGUCCACAGGCUGCUGCGUGUACCUACAUCAGUGAAAACAGAUCGUUACCACACACCACGUAGGACAGAGCACACCGAGUGGCCAGAGACCCCCAGACAUUGGUACAACACGUGACAGACCCAGAGCUGAGCUCUUCCUGCUCCCCCAUUUUAGCUCCGUUGCCUUACAGGACUGCAAUUACGGUUUUGUCAGCGAUGUUUGUUACAUAUUUAGCUUCAUGACAGCCUGUAUGUGACAAUGAGGCAGUACCACUUUGUAUAGGGAUGACCUGGAGGAGACCUUCAAGGGAGGAGCCUACAGUUUUGUUUGGUUGUUCUAAAUAAAGUUUAAGCGGGUUCAUUUUUUCAUAGUUGGUAGGAAUACAUUCACCUCUCCUUACCCCUCUCAACUUUCAAUUGAUUCAGAGCAAGAAGGGACAAAGUAGUUUCUUGGCCCCUUUUCAAUCUGUAGUCAUUCUGCUUUCAUAGCUCUUCCACCACUGUUCUUAGAUUUAGGCCACUAUACACCCCAUGCCAUAAUCUUUUUAUAAUGCUCCAUUGUAAGACACACCAAGCUGUAAAAUGGGGGUGGCAAAAGCUUACUCAGGUGAUUUUGUUUAUUUUUACAAAAAUACAAUACAAAGACACAUACCUCAACCUUGUAAGCAGGCAUAGUUGAGUUCAAAACUGCCCCAGACUCCGCUUUUAAAUACAAUUUCUGAUUUCUGGCUAGGUUCACUGCCUUUGCAACAUCUGUGUGCGCACAUGCAUGUGUAUGGCCUUCUGUGUCGCUUUUCUCCUCAACAUGCACAUGCCCUAUCAAAAGUUUUGUGUAUCAUAAAUAUUUUAUAUACAUAUAUAAGUGUGCAUAUAUAUAUAUAUAUACAUCUAAAAUGGUUUGUAUCACAUGAUGAUGCACUGUCAGUCACCGUGGGUUUGUUUCCUGGGUCUGGAGUUUCCUUAUUUAUACUAUCACAGAAUAUGUUGAUGUUGUAUAUUAAACAGUACAGUGGUAUAAGUAAGUAAUAUUAAGAUACAGAGUAUCAGAGGGCGUAGUCAAAAGGCAGGAGCAAACAGCAUUCCCUUGCAUGGAGGGGCUUUUGGGGGUUGUUUUUUGUUUAGAUUUUGCACAAAAUCACCUUCAAUUUGUUUAGAGCCAAGUGUUUCAAUACUUUUAUUGAUGAACAUGCAAGGAAGGCAUGAAAGUAGGAUGUUGUGUGUGUACAUCUAAACAAACUGUGCCCUCAGAAAACUAGUUUAGCAUAAUCUCCCUUUUUCUCUCCUCUGCUAUGGUGCAAUAGCCUAAGAUGGUUUAGCUGAACCCUAAGAAAACAAAUAUGGUGAAUGGCUUUAAGUUUAGACCUGUUUGAAAAAAGUGAAAAAGAACUGCUUCCCAGCCCUCCCCAGGCACUGCCCUUUCCAACAGAAACAUUGUAUUUACACACUUUUUUUUUCUGUGAUUUUCUAUUGUAACUUUGUUUUUUCUUCGAGAACAUUGUAUUUAAAAAAAAAAAAAAAUCAUAAAAAUUGGAAAUGUUGUUAAGGUAUGUCUGCAAAGUGAGAUGUAUCUUGUAAGAGAAGAGAAAGUGGUUAAAAAAAAAAAAAAAAAAAAAAAAAAAAAAAAAA